CUAUCAGUCUAGUACUCUGCGAGUAUACCCAGCCAAGCCUCCGCGGAGUCUUCAGGGAUCAGGCUGAGGCGAGUGCCGCACUCGCUACCAUCAUCAAGUGACAUGGAUUCUACAGGAAGUCCUCCAGACAGUCAUCGCUAGACCCUGUUUAUCUUACGAUGAGACGCUGCUGCGUCCCUCUCGCUCUUCAGCCUCGCUUCGUUGCCUGCGACUGCCCCCGCUCGCAGCUGACGAUUGCGCAUCCUCGCACAGCCGUGCGACAAGGCUACUGCCUACCUGUACGCCACCCCGCUAAACGGACAAGGUCCUUCAGCUAGAUCUUCGUUCGGCCCCCGGCUUCGACAACCUUUAAGCCUCAGCCGCGCGCGUACCAAUCUAUCAAACUAUCGUGCACCACUUUUGUUUGACGUGGGCGGAGCAUGUCUUCGAGCUCAGCAUUCACUCCACCUCCGAGCUACUCUCGCGACAAAAGCGACGUGUACAAACAGUCUCUUACCUAUAAGGACUACGUUCGGACCCUGUGCGCCAGAAAUCCGUCGUUACUGACUUUGCACUCGUUUCUUGCAAAUCCGAAAGCUCGAGCUUACGGCUGCCACGUGACGGCAUUAGACUUUCAUCAUGGUACGGCGACUCCUUCCGUGCGACUGAUACCAGACAUCGACUGCCUGAGCUAUGAGUUGGGAGAACCGCCUGGCUCGUUGGCCAAAGAGAAGGGUCGCAACACUAAUCAGUCACUUCACGGCCGGGUAUUGAUAGUAGAGGACCUUACCGUCCAGGUCAUUGAGCUUCUAGGUUCCGCAUUAGAUCUCGACCCGUUGUUUCUUGCAACUCAUCUGCAUACUGUACAUAGAACAGGAAUGCGUCACCAAACACCCGACGAUGCGACUCUGCCGUCUCGUUUCCACGGCCGUGACUUUGUAAAUGUCUCGUACCAUCAGCCACUGACAUCCAAUGUUGCGUAUCCCCUCGGAGGGAAGUUUGCUCUAGAUGCUGCGAUUGAUCGUAAGCUCGUAUUUCUGCGUGCCACAAGCAUUGGGCUUGCUCAGCAUCGCGUCUCUGUUAUCAAGCUCCGGCGUGAUCCUGGUUUCUGGCUCGCCUUGAUGCUGGUUGACCCACCAAUUGGCGAUACCUACUAUCACUCGGAAUACAAAGAUGAUCCGCAGCACAAAGUCACUCUGGACGUGAAUCCUUAUUUGGGAACGUACGAGAACUUCAUGGAUCUACCCAGAUUCUCAGAGUCCUGGGAUCAGGACCAGACAGGGAUCAACUUACGACAAUCUAUGGCGAAUGACUUGAUAGGAUACUGGAAAAAAAGCCUUGCUGCAGAAUGGGUGAAAUACAUCGCAGUAAUGCAGCAUUGCAUCAAAAUGUACGAGUACGAAGGCAGCCAGCUAGAUCUCGAGAAAUUCAAUAUGGAUCUGCGAGAACUCCAAGGCUGGCGACGGAGGAGCAUGAUCUCUCAGCAGAAAAUCAGAGCAGUCAUUCGGCAUCUCCGAACACAGCCAUCUCUAAACCCAGAGCACGUUUCUUGUAUCGAUAAGGUCCUCCAGGACUACACAGUGAUCGAAAGCGACAUCGAAGACGCAGGCCGUAGACUGGAGAACAUGCUACCAGUUGUCACAUCACUAGUCCAGAUUAUUGACGCACGACAAUCGUUUGCCGAGACCGCGAACAUCAGUCGCCUGACAGUACUGGCGCUGAUAUUUGUUCCGCUGAGUUACAUCUCUAGUCUGUUCAGCAUGAACAGCGAAAAUAUGCCCGGCAGCAGCGGGUUCUGGGUGUACUUCGCAGUAGCGAUACCGGUGACGGUCAUCGUGUUUUUAGUCGCUCGACCGCCGACUGUGCGAGGAGUUCAGCAGAUGUUCGCGUGGGUCCGUGGUUGUUUCAAGCGGAAACCACGCCCGACGGCGUUGUCUGUUGAUGCUAAAUCGGAAAUCGACAUCAAGAAGGAAGACUGGGUUCGCGUGAGAAGCAAAACAAUGCGGAUGUGAAAGUUCACGCAGGGAUGGAGUUUGGAAGGACUCAGAUUGUGCAGGCAGAGUUACAGAGACAACAUUUGGAAUUGGAGGCGUCUGGGUUACGGGAACAAGACUACUAGCUACUUACGCAUUCACUGCACAACUCCACAGGUAGAUUUCAGAAUACACCAUCAAAGACGUUUAAGAUUGAAGCACUCCGCGAUCCCCUGUAGUCCAAAGAACCUCCGCCUCCCACCUUUUGAUCUUCCACAAC